CAAGGCCCUGGCCCCACCUCCAGCCCAGAUCCCGCUUUGUGGCCUCUGGUUGGUCUCGGGGACGCGCCUGCCGUGGCCAGGGUUUGAGAUGGGAUAGUGUGGCUGUCUGAUAAGUUCUGGGUGUGAGGUUGUGUGUGUGUGUGUCUGUGUUUUUGUGUUAUUGAGGAAGGGAAGUCCUGGGAAGAGCUGUAUUAAGAACACGAGGUCUCUCCCCGAGACUUACUACUUUAGAGUCGUGGCUGCCAGAUUUGCGUUCUGCGCGAGACCGGCUGUAAGCGAGAAACGGUGUCUGGUUACCGUUGGGCGCUGGAGAGAAUCGGCUGGUGCCGACCCCUGCUUCACUCUAUGUGGCUGAGCUCCCAAGAAAUGCGCACGGAAGAUCCGGUUCCCUUAGCUUCUGUACAUAGUCCUUAAGACCGCAGGACUCCAUCUUAUCUAUUUUAACUGUCUCUAAACAAAUUAAUUUGAUUUAUAAAAGAUAUAUGUAUCGUUUGCUCUUAAAAGCAAGCCCAAAAAAACAUUGACUAUGUUUUAUUUAUCUUUCGAAGUAGCUUGCUGCAGAAGCGGCCCUGCAAGACUUUCUGGUUCGGGUUCCCCGGGUCCGCCCGAGUCGCCACCUCGUUCCCGUCCAAGUUCCCCCUCGAAGAUAACUCUUUCCAGAAAGCUCACCUUGGACAAGGUAGAUGUGAAGGGAAAGAGAGUUGUCAUGAGGGUGGACUUCAAUGUGCCCAUGAAGAACAAUGAGAUAACCAACAACCAAAGGAUCAAGGCAGCUAUCCCUAGCAUCAAAUACUGCCUGGAUAAUGACUGUAAAUCUGUUGUGCUCUUGAGCCACUUAGGUAGGCCAGAUGGCAUUCCUAUGCCAGACAAAUACUCUUUGGUGCCUGUGGCAGUAGAGCUGCAAACCUUACUUGGCCGAAACGUGGAUUUCCUGAGGGAUUGUGUAGGUCCUGAGGUGGAGAAAGCCUGUGCCGACCCUGUUAAUGGUUCCAUCUUUCUGUGUGAGAAUCUCCGCUUCCAUGUGGAAGAAGAAGGAAAAGGCAUAGAUGAAUCUGGAAAUAAGAUAACUGCUGAGCCAGCCAAAGUAGAAGCUUUUCGGGCUUCCCUUUCCAAGCUGGGAGAUGUCUAUGUCAAUGAUGCGUUUGGUACUGCCCACCGGGCCCACAGCUCCAUGGUAGGAGUGAACCUUCCCCAGAGAGCUUGUGGUUUCUUGAUGAAGAAGGAACUAGAGUACUUUGCUAAAGCCCUGGAGAACCCAGUGAGACCUUUCCUGGCCAUUUUGGGUGGAGCUAAAGUUGCAGACAAGAUCCAGCUGAUCAACAACAUGAUAGACAAAGUUUGUGAAAUGAUCAUUGGUGGUGGAAUGGCUUUCACUUUCCUUAAGGUUGUCAACAAAAUGCAGAUUGGCAAUUCUCUAUUUGAUGAAGAAGGAGCCAAGAUCGUUGAAGAUCUAAUGUCUAAGGCUGAGAAGAAGGGCGUGAAGCUAACUCUACCAGUUGACUUUAUCACUGCAGAUAAGUUUGAUGAGCAUGCCAGUUCUGGUCAAGCCACUGUGGAAUCUGGCAUACCUGAUGGAUGGAUGGGUUUGGACUGUGGUCCAGAGAGCAGCAAGAAAUUUGCUGAAGUGGUUGCCCGGGCCAAACUAAUUGUGUGGAAUGGCCCUCUUGGAGUAUUUGAGUGGGAAACUUUUGCACAGGGAACCAAACAGCUAAUGAACAAUGUGGUAGAGGCCACCUCUAAGGGCUGCAUCACAAUCAUAGGUGGUGGGGAUACUGCCACUUGCUGUGCCAAAUGGAACACUGAAGAUAAGGUCAGCCAUGUGAGCACUGGAGGUGGUGCCAGUCUAGAGCUUCUGGAAGGCAAAGUCCUACCUGGAGUGGAAGCCCUGAGCAAUAUCUAGUGGAUGGAGUUUUCUUGCCUAUUGGUUCCUGUCCAUAGUUUUUAAGACUGCAGGACCUACUUUAACUUCUUUAAAUUUUAAACAUGUUGUGGCUUGUAAACGACAUAUUUUGCCCUUAGAAACAAAGUUAAAAGAAAGUCAAAAAAGCCGUUUUGUCUUUUGUCUUUUGAAGUCAAUUGUAUCAGCUUCCUUAGUAGCAUAUUAGUAACUUCUUUGUCAUUGUAGUAUUAAAACAAGAUAAAACUGUGGUUUUGGUUUUUGCUGGAGGGGAGGGGAAUUUUACUGUGAUAAAGGAAGGUUCUUAAAGACCUUACUUUUACCACUUUUACUUUAUUGUAUCUAAACCACUGUUAUCAUCUAUAGACUAUAUAUGAGUGCUAUAUAUUUUAUCUUCUAUCCAAAACUGUUAAAAGAAAGUUAAAGGCUCCAUUAUCCAUAUGAUAUUUCUCUUUUGAAGUAAGCUGUACAAUUCAGCUUUCUUAGUAUCUUAGCAACUAUUUUUAUCAUUACCCAUGGUGUAGAAACAAGAUUACUGUUUCAGAAGGACAGGUUAAUAAUGUUCUCUUACAUGAACAUUCAUAAGAGUGCCAAUCUAGAGAAAAAAAGAAAGGCCAAAUUACUGGUACCUUCUAAAGAAACUUAAAUCCUUAGGAACUAGAUCAGCCACAGCUGAGAUUCAGCUCCUUUAAAGGGACCUAGCAGCUAUGUAUUUGGGGCUGUAUCACUACAAUGUUAACUUCUUCACCUCCUGCUUCAAAAGUCUUCCCUUGUUCCCCUUAUACCCCAUAUUUUGCAGACAUCGAAGGACUAACCCAAUGAACUUAAAAUCCAUAUUUUGCAGACAUCGAAGGACUCACCCAAUGAACUUAAAAUCAGCUUCAUCCCUAAACUUUGAGUUGUCAGAAGGAUAUGAGUGAUGUGGAUAGGUGAUCUACUCUUUUUCAUAUUUAAAACUUUAUUUCAUAGGAACUGGAGUGAUACCCAGACCCCAAGGGUUGCUUAUUCCACAGAUUCAGGACAAUAAAACAUUUUGCUGUGAGGUUUCUCCCUUAUGUGGUCAAAUGGCAAUUUUUCCUAAAAUAACUAGAUAAACAGAAUAUAACUUGAAAUCAAUUUAUAAGGAAACAUUGUUGGGAUUUUAAAACUCUGGAAUUACUUAAUGUGUUAAUAUAAUAUUUUUAAGUGGUUGAAGUAAACUUGAUUCAAAAAGGGAAAAAAAAAAGGUUUUUGCCUUUCCUUCAAUAUGUAAACUUUUAAGUUUGGGAAAUUUUCUUAUAAAAGUUGCCAUCUGAUAUGGGCUAAUGUCCCAAUUUAAUCAAAUUUAUUAACACUAAUAUUUUUUAAAAUUACUAGGAAACGUACCACGUUGCUUAAGGCUUCUUUUAAAAUGAAUCGUCAACAAAAAUGUUAAAAACUUAUUUAGUCAUGGCAUUUAAUUCUGUUAAGAAAAGUUGCACAGGAUUGCACACUCCAUAUACUUGUUUCACCAUAUAUAGUUGAUAUUAAUAAAGAUCUCCAAGCCUUA